AUGGGAUCACUUCUUUCUGUCCCAGUAACUGAACAACAAUCUGGAGAAACUAAAGGAGAUUUUCUUGAUUGUGGAUAUACCUCAAUGCAAGGAUGGAGAAGAACUAUGGAAGAUGCUCAUAUUGUUGAUGUUGAAUUUACUUGUGAAAAUGGUAAAAAGGCAUCAUUUUUUGGAGUUUUUGAUGGACAUGGAGGAGAUCAAGUAGCUGAGUAUUGUUCAAAAAUUUAUGUUGAAACAUUACUAAAUACAGACGCAUUCAAAGCAGGUAAUUACCAACAAGCAUUGAUCGAUACAAAUAUUAAAAUAGAUGAACAAAUGAGAACACCUGCAGUUAAUGAUUUACUUAAAACAUUAGGAAGUGGAAGUUCUAACAUUUAUGAUGGAAUGUUUGGGGAUCUUGUUGCUGAUGGUAUGGGAUGUACAUCAGUAGUUAUAUUAAUUAUUGACAAUACUAUUUAUUGUGGAAAUGCGGGAGAUAGUAGAAGUGUUAUGCUUAAAGGAGAUAAUGUUAUUCCAUUAAGUGUUGAUCAUAAACCAUCAUUACAAUCAGAAAUAGAUAGAAUUACAUUAGCUGGAGGAACUAUUGAUAAUGGUAGAGUUAAUGGUAAUUUAAAUUUAACAAGAACUAUUGGUGAUUUAAUGUAUAAACGACAAAGUGAAUUACCUCCUCAGAGUCAAAUUAUUUCAUGUUAUCCAGAUAUUACACAACAAGCUAUGGAUGGAACUGAAAAAUUAAUUAUAUUAGCAUGUGACGGAAUUUGGGAUGUAUUAACAAAUGAGCAAUGUGUAGAGAAAGUUCUUGAAUAUUUAAAACAAGGGAAUUCAUUGAAAGAAACUUGUGAAAAAAUUGCUAAUGAUUGUUUAAGUAAAGAGCCAUAUUCUAAACCAGGAUGGGAUAACAUGACACUGUUAGUGGUAAAGUUUAAGUCUUUUAAUCCACAACCUGAUACAACUACUGUUGUUGCAUCAUCACAAGAAAAAGAUGAAGGAUCAGUAACAAAAUAA